AUGUGGCGCAAGCGACGCACCACAGGACCAAAGAUGGGCGACUACCUACGACUACGAUGGCCCAUCAUGAGCGUGUUGGAUGCUGCGUUGCUCGGCUACCUCCAAGAACUUGUGGCUGAGGGGUGUGUAGAGAAAGGUUGUUGGUCGAUACUUUCGAGCAGCAAACGUGUUGACCUCAAAGAGCUUGAUAUCAAGACACCAGCGUACACAAACAACUACCCAUGCUCAUACAAUUCGAUCGCCUACGUAUCAUGGUAUCAUCUCACCAAAAGCGAUGCCGUAUCACAUCACAGGCACAUCACCUCUGUAGCCUGGAUCAAAGGUGCCUAUCAUGGAGGCCGCCCUUGGCUAGAGCUGCAAGAUGAACGACCGGCCUCUUAUACAUUCAAAGAGGGGCCUGCGUGCGGGGAAUUCGGGGUCAGAAAACGACCUUGGCAUGCGGAAAGCGAGGCUUUCGCCUUACCAGGUCGAUCUCCUGCGGCUAAAGGUAACGGUAGCACCUUCGGCCCCGGUCGCAUGCGACCCCAUGGUCCCAUUGCUGAUGGGAAAAAGAACGUAGGGAUACUUCGAAGAUUGCCCAACUUGCAUCAGAGCCUGAUAAUGUCUCAUAUUCUUCAGACAUUGUCUAAGAAUUUGGAGCUGUACACACCAAAUCACCCAAGAAGAGAAAAGUAG